AUGAAGCAGAAAAUCCCAGGCCUCAGCCCACCGGGGCCCUCCGGGGCAAGGGCGAGCUCCCGCCCCGCUCUGCCGGCGCUCUCCCCCCGCUGGCGGCUGUCACCUCCUAGCCAGCCUCAUACUAACCGCUUCUCCCCUUUUGCUUCCAGCCUUCAAGGAGUGCCGGUGGCUUAUGACAACAUCAAAGUAGUGGGUGAGCUCGGGGACAUUUACGACGACCAGGGAUUCAUCCAUCUGAACAUUGAGGCGGACUUCAUCAUCUUCAGUCCCAAGAAAGGGAAAAAACUGGUGGGUGUAAUUAAUAAAGUAGCCCCUAGUCAUAUCGGCUGUCUGAUACAUGGAUGCUUCAAUGCUUCUAUCCCUAAACCCGAACAAAUGUCGGUUGCCCAGUGGCAAGAGCUGGGGUUGAAACUAGGGGAUGAAUUGAAAUUUCAAGUAAUGCAUUUAGAUUCUGAUGCAGCUGGAGUGUUCUUCAUUCGGGGAGGACUGACUAAAACCAGCUUGCAGCCCAGAAGAUCUGAGACAGUCACUGAUGGUACAAAUGGAGAUGAAAUUCAAAAGCUCGAGCACAAGAAAAAUGGUUUAGUUGACUCUGUGAGAGAAAAUGGCACAGAGGAGCCUGUAGAUGAUACAGAUAACACCGGGAGGGAAAAUACAGAAGAGCAAAUGGUUGAUGCUGUGAAUGGAAUAUGUGAUGAUAAAAACAAGAAGAAAAAGAAGAAACAUAAGCAAGAACAGGAGCAUGUAUUGCCUACUAGUGACUCUAGUGGUUACCAAAGUGACCAUAAAAAGUCUAAAAAAAAGAAAAGGAAGCACUGUGAGGAAGCUGAAGAAAUAGGAUUAUCUCAGCUGUCACAAGAACCCAAAGCUAAAAAGAAAAAGGACUAAAGUCUGAAGUGCCUUUCUUGAAUAAGAUUUCAGACAUUUUUGAUAAACUUCAAAUAAAACCAUAUUUUCAAAGUAUGUGUUUCCUUACUAAACAACAUGCUGUGCUAGGUGGGCUUAUAUUUGUGCAUAUAUGUGCACAAACAACUUUAAGGGCAGGAGCCUUUAAAGAUGUGAUAGGAAAAAAACAGGAUAGAGGGAAUACCUUACUGACUUUCUUCCUUACUGGAAAAGUAAGGCAAAGGAGAACUGUGAAAGUAUUUACAGAAACGCAUGUAUCACCUCCUCUGUGUCCUCUCCCUGGUGGCAGGCAUUAACCAGUAGCUGGUUAUGAUCUUUACUACUGUAAUGCUAUGUUUGCUGUUCAGUGGCUUGAUUUUUAUAAGAGGGGUAGGCUAGUCUUACUGUUGCAGUUCUGGGAAACAUCUGAAUUCCCAGGGGCUGGGAAGAGGUGUCUAACCUCAGUCAUGCUUUUUGGCAUUUUGGCUUCUUAAAGCUAUCACUUGAAUCUUUUUGUGGAAAGCCUGGUACUUACCUGGGUUUAAGGAUACCUAGUAUGUGGAAUACUUCUGGUGACUGAUUCAAGAACAUGUAUUUUCUGGAUCUCGGUGGAGUUCAGACUUUCUCAGGCUAAGGAUGUUCUGUAUGUGGGGGCAAAGGGAAAAUCCAAGGUGCCAAGGGUGCAAAAGUGCAUUUUACUGUUUAAUUGUGUACUUCUGUCUUAGACCUGUUUCAAUGCUGAAUCUCUCUCUGGAUCUGAUUUUACUCCUUUGCCUAAAGACAUAGUUGGAAAACUUUGAUAGGGCUGAGAGUAUAACCCAGUUGUCUUGGAUUAGUUCUGUGAUAAGGGUCCAAACCACCUUUUACUUUGAUUAAACAGGUUCCUUAGCGCAGGCUUGUAUCAUUGCUGUUGAAACUAGUGUCCUGAAAAAGCAAACCUCUUUGAAGUAACUUGCACAUUUUUUUAUUAUUAUUAUUUUAGAAAUUGGCUGUGAAUACUUGUAAAGUAUGCAGCCUCACUUAAGGCUUAAGCAAACGAUGAGUGUCUUAAAUCUUUCAAAACAAAGCUCUGUUUUUUUUUUCACCUAGAGUAGUUCCAACAGUUGGAUAACUUGAUUAGGAAAAAGUAGGAAAGGGAUGAGAAGAUUGAUAUCAUCCACUGUAACGGAAUGGUAUUUACUCAGUGAUUAUAUUUGUACUGAGAUAUAGACUGUUAAAGGUGUAAGUAAUGUGACAUACUUUCAUUUUAUGUAUGAAAUGCAUUAACUUUUUAGCGUAUGAGGUUGUUUUAGGUUGUUAAACCUCCAAACCUCCAAGUUCUUAUUCUAGCGGUAAAUUUCAAAUGUUGGUCUCUAGAACAGCAUGUGCCUAUUGUCAGUAUCUUCCAGCCAGUUGGAAUAAAUGUUAAUUGGAAGUUUGACAACGGCAAAGUAAGACUGCCAAAUGUUAGCAAUUGUGGCUUUAUUAGGGACUAAUUCUUCUGAUGUAGAAGAAUUAUAAAUUUCCUGAAUAUCUACCAGUUCUGUUGCUUGCAGCUCUUUUCUGUUGUGAAGAAUUUUGAGAACUGCAGUGUGAUAGGGUCUAGGCUAAUUCUUUAAUGAAGGUAGGAGACAGUAAUUAUUCUGUUUUACCUAUUGCAAGAAGACACCACCAGCUGUUCUGAAGCUUUGUAAGUAAACAGCAUAUUUGCAGGGACUUGUUAUCCAUCUGUCUAUUUUCUGGGUGUUCUCAAACAAAAGAUCUUGCCAUAGUGAUUAUGCUGAUUCUCUUAACUCCUUUGCUAGAUGUUAUAUACAGUGUCUAGUAACAGAUCCAUUCAUGUUAAACAUGUUCUGGACUUAAAAUCCUUGUUUUAGGACUCACUUUGUGCAAUAUUAAAGACACUUCUGAGAAAUUAAAGCUCAAACUUGCUGAGACAAGUCUAAUAAGUUUCUGUCUUCCAGGCUUGAUGGCAUGGCAAUAAAUAAUAAGCAUUUUUUUAAGUUAUAUAAUACCAUAAAGAACUAAGUUAAGAUUUUUUGGAGACCUAUAAGGUGUGCUUAAAUACAUAUUUACGGGCAGCAGAAGCUUUAAUAUAUUGUUCUGUUUUACUUUGGAAAGUCUUGCUUUUCAGCAUGCUUGAUCUUGAAACAAAUUUCCGGUGUGCAGGACAGUCUUGAGAUGAACAUGAAUUGUCUCUGUUAAUGUUCCUACAUGUAUCAGUAGUGGAGCUUGAACUAGAGGCAUUUUCAUCAGUGGUAUCUGGUUGGACUGUCCAUUCUUCCUUUCAGUCUCUUUCAGAGCAAAGGUCAGAUAGUGUAUUUGUUAUUAAAUGUAUCUGUUUGUGUGCCUCAAGGUCAACUGAGGACAGUAUGCUGACGUAUUAAGUGUUGCAGAGACUACUUAAAAAAAAAAAAAAAAAAAUCCCACCCUGAAGUGCUUGAAGUCUUAACUCUACAGUUAUGAAUGUUGAAUGACAUACAGAAUGACUGUUGGAACAUAAUUUAGAAUCAGAAAUGUUCUGUUAGCUCCCUUUUUAAUGGAUUAAUAUAGAAGGAAGAAGUUAAGAUAGGUAAGUAUAGAGGAUAUAACAGGAAGGAGGAUGGCGAAGGGAUUUUAUUGGUGAUGCCUAUCAGAGAAAGGUGUAGAUGCUUGCUAUCGUAGAUUAACCAAGGUCAGUGACAGUCGUAUGACUUCCUCUGUUAGUCCUUAGUAAUCGUUACAGCUCGUUAUUGCUUUUAGAGAAGAGAAACAAACCUCCAGUAGAACUGCUGUUAGUGACUACAGCAAGAAUCAAGCCAGCCUGUUAAUAGAACCAGCCUGUAGCACUGACACUUUAUCUUUCUAUAUGCCGCCUUUUCAUAAGUGUGGAAAGAAGGGCGAGGUUCAAGGAAGAACUAAAGUUGCAGCUAAAGAAUCAAGUAAUGUAGGUAGUAGAAAUGUUUUCAGUACUUUGAAUUCUUUUGUCUGUUCACUUUUACUGCUUUACCAUUCAUGCUUUUCUUAUUGAAAAGGUAAUAAUAGCCUGCUAUAAUCUAACAAACUACACAAACAGGCUUUUUGAGGCUAUUAAGCAACUUUCUAAAAGUUAUAAAAUCUGUCCCAGUUCUGGACCUUAUUUAAAGCCAAUGUUUUUUGGCAUGUAAGUGUGGCCUGCACCCUUCUUAAUUUUUUGUUUAGUUUUGUUUUUCUUCCUUGGCUUACAACAGAAAAGGGCAAUUAAAAAUAAUUUCAAUGCAGGAGAUGGCAAUUUAUGAUUGCUGUACUUAUUGUUGCUCCAGUGACGGAUUAGAUUCUUGCUAAGUUAAUGUGAAAAUAGCAGUUGUGCUACAGAAUAAACCUGGGCAAUUGUGAGGCAAAGGAAUCUACAAAGUAGCUGACUGUUUUCUUUCUUUGGAGGUGGGGAAGUCAAGAACUCUUAACUUUUUUUUUAAAAGUUUUUUUUUUAAACUUUAAAAAUUUCCACAGUUGGAGCCAAUGUUGGCAGUAUCACAGUUACACUGUUGAUGUUCUAGACACUGUUUUGGAUUAAGUAAGUAGGGCAAAAAAUUCACAUUUUCAGAAGUGAAUUGUCCCCCCAUUCCUAGAUCUUUGUUUUAUUUCCUUAACAAAUGUAAGAUUUUUCCAGUAGUUGAAAUUAGCAAAAGAAAAAAGCCAAAUUUAGAUACUUUCCAUUAGUGUUUCUCUGAUCAUUAUAAAUGCUUAGCUUUCGGUGUUCCCCUAGACCUCAAGUGAAAAGUUCUAUUGAAAUUGGAGCUGAGCCAAAAAUUUCUGAGGAUAGAGAACAAACACUUGUAAAGCUUCAAGUGAGGCUAGGUGACUUCAUGUUGUCUACAUGGCCUUCUGUUCCUUUUAUCAGAAUGCAUUAGUACAAGUCAGCUAUACAUCACGCAGCAAAGAGGGUUAGAAAGUGAAAUCAUGUUUUGUCCUCUAACCAUAUUGAUUGUUACACCAGUAUUUCAGAUGAUCUAGAGAAAAUGUAUGCUGUUUUCCUGUUUAACAUUAAUGAAGUCUGCAAGGAAACCAAUAUACAAUCCUGUCUGUGGUUGAUAAUCUGCAAACCUUUUGUCUGUAUUAUAAAAAUUCAGUUCCAACUUACCAGCUAUAAUAAAGGAUACUAAAACAGGGACGGCUUCUUCAUAAUAGUAUAAAUAUUUUGACUGUGUACACUUAUGUUCCUCAGUGUAUUGCAUGUCUCUGGCAGAAGAGCAAGAGCUCAUAGAAGAAAGUAUUUUUAGCUGUCUUUAAAACAAUGGUGUUUUGUGCUCGCUGAGGCUUGCAAUGAAAUGCAGUAUUAACUUUUGCUCUUUGUCGUCUUCUUGCAUUCUCUUAGAAACAAAUUUUGUGUUUUUUUGGCUUGGCAGUUUUCUGCUUUUAAAAUAUGCAGCCUGAACAGCCGAGUGAAUAAGCUUUAGGGAAAGGAUUUUCAAAAAAGCCUAAGUAAGCUAGUUGCCUUUGGAAAACAUGAGCCUUGAUCAAAUCUGCCUUUGAAUAAACAGUUUGCCUUUGGAAGGAUCCCAACCUUUGAUAGUCUUCAGACAGUAUAGACCCCCACUGCAGAAAGCAUAGGGGCAGCUACACAUCCAAAAUGUUGGAGUUUUUUUGGUUUUGAUUUUUUUUUUUCUUUCCUCCUGUGUAUCUAUGGAGAGGUUACAUGAUCUGAUGCUGUCAGGAUGAUCAGAGUUGGCUAUGAAAGAAGUUAGAUCGUUUCAUGUUAAUAACUCUGAAGGCAUAUAUUUUUCUGACCAUAAUGUUGGCUGUAUUCUGCUAUCCGGUCUUCAGAAAUUCUAUAAUUUCAGGAAUGCUUGAAGGAUUUUUAUGUCCCAUAGACUUAGUCUGUGUAUAGGGAAGAAGAUACUUGCUAUCUUCUAGACUCAAGUGAAUAAAAACGAGUCUCUGAAAAUCAAGCUUCAUGCUUCUUUGACAUCAUCAAUAAAUAAGUUUUUUUACAGAUAUAAAUCAUGAUUUUUGUGUUCUUUAUCAUGACUUUAUAGCUAGGUCAAAGCUAGGUUAAA